AUGGGCUCCUGCAUGGAGGUCCCCAAGAAGGAGGAACAGGAGUCGUUCGACCCGGCGCGGUACACGGACCCCGCCAGCCUCUUCGACGCGCUCGCGUUCACCGUAGAGGGCCUCCACCCCGUGCGCUUGGUCCGCAUGUCGUGGCUGCUGCAGCAGCGCGGCACCGUCCUGAAGAGGCGCCAGGAGCUGCCGGAGGAGGCCUUCGUGUCCGCGGACGAGUUGCGGGCCGUCUGGGAGGCCGGCGGGCGAGGAGGGCAAGACCAGGUGGCGCCGAUCAUCACCAUCUCGUUCUGCUGGGACUCGCGCGAACACCCCGACCCCAAGAGGUUGCAGCUGAAUUUGGUGAUAGACACUCUAGAGAAGGAGCGCCUCAAGUACUCCACAGCCAGAGGUGAUUUCAAGGGGUUCAGCGAGAUGGGGAUUUUUUGGGACUGGCCCUCGCUACUGCAGGGCGACCCGAUCAAGGCCGAGGAGGCGAGGGCCGCCGCCCUGCGGCAGGGCAAGACCGAGAAGGACGCGCAGGAGGCCGCGGACAAGGCCAAGCGGACCCCCGCCGAGAAAGCCGCCUUCAAGCACGGGUUGGAGGAGACAAUGGACCUCUGGUACGCCCACCAGGCCACCACUGUGCUCCUGCUCACCCAGCACCCCCGCGAGCGGGUCAGCGCGCGCGAGUGGGGCUGCGACCAGUCCGGCUGGACGACGUACGAGCGCUGCUCCGCGGAGCAGAUCAAGCAGGUCAGGCGCUGGGAGGCAAAGUGGACCGCCGUGGCCGACCUGGGGCAGGGGGCGCGGGCGAAGGCGGCCGUGCGGCGGUGGGCCCGGACGAGUUCGACCGGCUCAUCGAAUACAGGUCCUUCACCAACGGCGCGGACAAGGAGGCGGUGA